UAUCUAGGCUGUUUGCGCUAGCUUUAUCAUUCGCCAAGCCUAGAUCCACCGACCCUAGUAGUCCUACGCUGCCCUGCCCCGAGCCCCGAGCAUUCCAACUGCAAUAUGGUGGCCUCGAUCGAUCGCAGAGUCCCUUGCCCCCAGGGGCCCACCGAGGAGCUGGUGAAAUUAAUUUCAAAGUUCCGCACCAAGAAAGUGUGUUUGAAAAAGCGUCCGAGGCGCGAUCUGAGAGUUGAAGCCAUUCUCACGAAUGUUUUGACUCGCGCUCAGGAAGAACUGAAAGCCAAGCAACAGCAGAGACUUCGCAAGUGGCUCGAAGUAAAGUCUUGUCUAGGUGUCUCUGACGAAAAGUACAAAUGUGAUUCUGAUGUCUGGAGAGAGAAAGAUUUAGGGCUGGACUCUCUGCAUUCUUUCAUGCUCCAGCUGGGGGAAGUGAAAACUCCCCUUCACCGAUAGUCGGCUAUUUUUAAUUUGGGCCAUUAUGUCAAUACUUCCAUAGCUGCUCUGUCAGCUUAAACUUAUG